AAGCACAUUCACCACUCCUCCACACAUCAGUGCCAAACAAUGGCAUCGUCUAUCAAAGAAAUCUUCUCCAAAGAUAACUUCAGCAAAAAUAAGAAACUUGUUUUACUCUCCGCCACCGUAGCCUUGCUACUCGUAACCGCCAUUGCCGGAAUCACCGUCGGAGCUUCAAAAGCCAACGAAAACGGAAAACGAACUCUAACUCCGUCGUCUCACGCAGUGUUAACAUCCGCCUGCAUAUCCACGCGUUAUCCUGAGCUCUGCAUCUCUGCUGUGGCCACCUCCGGAGGCGUUGAGCUUACGUCGCAGAAAGACGUCAUCGAAGCUUCUCUUAACCUCACGAAAACGGUCGUGGAACACAACUACUUCACCGUGAAGAAACUGAUCAAGAAGAGGAAAGGACUAACUCCUCGCGAGAAGACGGCGCUUCAUGACUGUUUAGAGACUAUUGAUGAGACGCUCGAUGAGCUUCACGAGGCAGUGGAAGAUCUCCAUUUGUAUCCUAACAAGAAAUCUCUCCGGGAACACGCCGGUGAUCUCAAAACCCUCAUUAGCUCCGCCAUUACCAACCAAGAGACUUGUCUAGACGGCUUCUCUCAUGACGGGGCAGACAAGAAAGUCCGCAAGGCCUUGUUUAAGGGUCAGAUGCACGUAGAGCACAUGUGCAGCAACGCACUAGCAAUGAUCAAGAACAUGACUGAUACCGAUAUAACCAAUUUUGAGCUAAAAGCCAAAUUCACCUCAAACAACCGUAAACUCAAGGAGGAGACUACGGUGGCCGUAGAUAUGGCUAGCGUCGGAGAUUUAGACGCGGAGGGGUGGCCGACUUGGUUAUCCGCAGGAGAUAGGAGGCUUCUUCAAGGGUCCACAGUGGAAGCCGAUGCUACCGUGGCGGCUGAUGGUAGCGGCACAUUCACCACUGUGGCGGCUGCGGUUGCGGCUGCCCCGGAGAAUAGUAAUAAGAGGUAUGUAAUACAUAUAAAAGCCGGAGUCUAUAGAGAGAACGUGGACGUGGCCAAGAAGAAAAAGAAUAUAAUGUUUAUGGGAGAUGGUCGGACAACAACUAUUAUUACCGCAAGUAGAAACGCCGUCGACGGUUGGCCCACCUUUAGCUCUGCAACCGUUGCUGUCGUCGGCGAAAGAUUUUUAGCGCGUGACAUCACUUUCCAGAACACGGCGGGUCCGUCGAAGGAACAAGCGGUGGCUCUACGUGUCGGUUCUGACUUCUCCGCUUUCUACCAAUGCGACAUGUUAGCUUACCAAGACACUCUCUACGUCCACUCUAACCGUCAGUUCUUCGUCAACUGUCUCAUCGUCGGAACCGUCGACUUCAUCUUCGGAAACGCCGCCGUCGUUCUCCAAGACUGCGACAUCCACGCCCGCCGACCAGGCCCCGGCCAGAAAAACAUGGUCACAGCCCAAGGACGAACUGACCCUAACCAGAACACCGGGAUAGUUAUCCAGAAUUGUCGGAUUGGUGCCACGUCAGAUUUACUGUCUGUGAAAAGUAGUUUUCCUACGUAUCUUGGUCGGCCGUGGAAGGAGUAUUCGCAUACGGUGAUAAUGCAGUCGGAUAUCUCUGACGUGAUCAGACCCGAAGGGUGGUUCGAGUGGAGCGGAACUUUUGCGUUGAACACUUUAACAUACAGAGAGUAUGCGAACACAGGAGCAGGGGCUGGAACUGGAGAUAGAGUGAAGUGGAAAGACUUUAAGGUAAUAACAGAUGCUGCUGAGGCUGAGCCAUAUACUGCUGGUCAGUUUAUCGGUGGUGGAGGCUGGUUAGCUUCGACCGGUUUCCCUUUCUCACUCGGUCUGUGAGAUAUUAUUGUUGUUUACUUCUACAUGGUGUUGUUGUUGGUCGAAUAAUUAUUGAUUUAAUAAAUAAAUCAUAAUGUUGUUUGUU